UUUUGGUUGUGACAACCUGUCAUGUCAUCGUGCAUGCUGCUGCUGUUGCUGUUACUCUCUCGCACUGGUUUGAGACGCCAGUGACUCCCCCCCUCCCCACCAGCCGUGUGAAUAUCCACUCUGGAUGGACCCAACAGCCACCUGCCAGUCUAUUGGACUUGGAUUCUGCAGGUUCCUCAGAAUUGACAACAUCCCCCGUUUUAAUGGAGCAUUAAAGUUUGAGAAGAAAUAGUUUCACAAUGUAUUUGGAAAACUCAGAGAAAUCUAAACUUUCUGGAGAAAGGGAGUCCUCGUCUGAAGCCAUGCUCACAGAACAACGUGAGGUUGCCAUAUUAACAAAAACUGCAGAUCCUUUGAAGGACAGUAUUGAACUUGGCAUAAAGGUCCUCGUGGAAUACACAGAGCAAAUGGUCACCAGGGACAUGGACUCUUCUCUUCAAUGCCUGGAACACUGCACAAUGAGUAACUAUGAGGCUGAAUUCAGUUCAUAUGGUAACGGACAUGCCGAUAGCUUCGUGCAAUAUCCAACAAGCAAUGGCUUUUUGGAAUCCAACCAAAGCCUUGAUGAUUGCGAGACAUCCAGGUUAAGCCAGUCGUGUAAUGAAUGUGUUCAACACUUUGACUGUUUGAAGUCCUCUGAGCAGAGUGCUAAUCAUAGCAUCGCCUGCAACAAAUGUUGUCCUUCCUGUGAACACAGUGCAGAACACCUCAGACUAUUUCAACAAUGCGAGCCCUCCGCUCAACAGUUUGAGUCUUUUGACUUUGAGCCAGACACACUGGUGGUUGAAUGUGACAGUUUGGGGCUGUACGAGAUGUCUGAUUUCAUAUCAGGAAGCGGCGACGACCUUGAAUCGCUCAAACGAUACGAGUCUGAGGAUGAGCGGAGCGAGUGCUCUGAGUCUGAAGCGGACACGUCGACAGAAGACUCAGAACCUCAUAACUCUGACUCGCUGGACUCAUUGGACUGUGGCGCUGAACUUGAAAUUCAGAACCAGUCUGAGUGCACAAACAGUGACGAAGAUGACUAUGAUGAUGACGAGAAUGAAGAGGAUGAAGAAGAGAGGUCUUUGUGCGAGCAAAAUGGAACUGAGGCGACACUAUCGGGAGAUUCUGAUGACUGUGAACUUGCCGACUUUGCCAGCGAAUGCUGUGAGAAAUUCCAGGAAGCUCAAGAACUCUCUCAGCAAACUCCUACAUUAGACGUGUCAACAGAUCUCUGCGAGAUGUGCGGAUAUGAUGACUUUGAGACAAGUGAAGAGUAUGAAACUAGUCAGCAAUGUGACAGAGCCUCUGACGGCUCGGAGUCCUGCGCUGAAGAAGACAGACUCUCGGAUUGCUCCUCCGUCGAAACCAAAUCUUUCAAGACUUGCCGCAAUGGCAGUAUUCCUUCAGAUCCAUUCGCUGAUUUGUUUGGGGAAUCCGAGAAGGAAGAUUCAAGCGACGAGCAGACGCAGUGGGAAUCAUGUGAAGACGAGGACGAAGUAGAACAAAGCCAUGCUGAUCAAAGCAACGAGGAUACAAAGAAAAUGCCCUCCAAUUAUAAUGGUUACUUUGAUUUAUUUGACAGCACCGACUAUCACGCAUUUGCACCGAAGCAACGCUACAUCUCCUGCUUUGAUGGCGGCGAUAUACAUGAGUGCCUGUAUCUUGAAGAGGCAGCAAAACACAAUGCUGCCAAGAAUGCUGAUACAUUUGAGGAUUCAAAUGAGGAAAUGAAUGCACAGGAAACUGCUGUAUCUUCUGAAGAAGCACACGAAGACGCAGCAGAUCCAAGUUCCACAGUUGACUGUGAGUCAGAGAAAGAUCCCGACGACUGGAUCAUAGAGACAGAGUCGUGUUUAGAAGAAGAAGAUGAUGAAGAAGAAGAAGAAGAAGAAGAAGAAGAAGAAGAUGAUGAUGAAGAAAUAGAAGUUGAAGCACUUUACACAGAAAAUGAAGAAGAGGAAGAAUCUGAGGAGUGUUUGUCAGCUGGUGGUCAGGAGACAAUGUGUGCACCAUGUGCUGAGGACAUCUCCGUUGAAGGUGAUGCUUAUGAAGAGGAGUUCUGUGACGUCCAGAAUCAUGAAUCUCGCAGUGACGACGCCUCUACAUUUGAACAUGGACAGACGACAGUCACUGUUUGCAAAAAGGACAAUGAGCCCGAAGAUAAACCAUUUAUUGAAUGUUCAGAAAAGGAGCCGUAUUGGUCGCUGAUUGACAAUGAAGGCAAUGAAGAGUUGGGUGACCUCGAUGUUGAGGAUUACUAUGCAUAUCAGAUCAAAAGUGUUCAGUCUUCUUUUGGACUUAAUUAUCAGAUAGUGUGUGGAAAAGCUGAUGGGAUCGCUCCAAGGAAUGAAGGAGCAGAUGAUCCUCCAUCCGAGAGUGAGACUGAGUUACAGGCCCCUGGAGUUUGCCCAGCAGUCACUAAUGGAAUUACUGAAGUUUCUGAAGUGAGCGAGAGUGUAGCGGCCAACGAAGCAACUCCAGAAUCAGACAAUGACUCCGGGUCAAACGACAGUUCAACAGACACAAGAUACCCUCUAGAUAUCAUUCACAGCGUUGUGUCCACACACGACAAAAUCGAGGACGAAAACGGCUACGAACAGAGCAGCGAUUCAGAAGAGGAGCCGAGUGAUGACGAAGCCUCUGAGCUUUGUGACUGCGAGUACUGCAUUCCACCAAUAGAGCAGGUUCCAACAAAACCACUGCUGCCGACGAUGAUAUCCAAUGACACGGGGAAGAUCUGUGUCGUCAUUGAUCUGGAUGAAACACUUGUCCACAGUUCAUUUAAGCCAUUGAACAAUGCUGAUUAUAUCAUUCCAGUGGAAAUUGAUGGAACAGAUUAUCAGGUGCACGUGUUAAAGAGACCCCACGUCGACGAAUUCCUCCAGAGGAUGGGAGAACUGUUUGAGUGUGUUUUGUUCACCGCGAGCUUAGCCAAGUAUGCAGAUCCUGUGUCUGACCUGUUGGACAAAUGCGGCGCCUUCCAGAGCCGUCUCUUCCGGGAGUCAUGUGUCUUUCACAAAGGGAAUUAUGUGAAAGACCUGAGUCGUUUAGGAAGAGACCUCAACAAGGUCAUCAUCAUUGACAACUCCCCAGCCUCCUACAUCUUCCAUCCCGAAAAUGCUGUUCCCGUAGCAUCCUGGUUCAAUGACAUGUCAGACACUGAGCUUCUGGAUCUCAUCCCCUUCUUUGAGAGACUAAGUAAAAGCGAUGACGUCUACGACACUCUCAAGCAGCAGACGACUUCAAGUUAGCAGAAACAUGGGCACAAGAGCAUGAACAAUCACCACCACUGGCUGUCGUCACGGACCAUUGCAAGGACCAUACUGCAGAGAAAUGCCAUGUCGUUUAAUCUCCUAUAUGUAAAUGUCAUUGAAAAUUGAGGAUUACACGACAUCUUUUGCAGUGCAGCUAUGCCGUUGUGUUGUUGUUGUCAUGAUGUGACAGCAGUCGCUUACAGUAUGAUCAGCCUCCACGUUAAAACCAUUGAAUCAUUUCAAUGUGGUAGUUAGGAGUUGUAUAAACUGUACACAGUGUGAAUAUUAUUGCUGUUCAGUGUGACGUUCAGAGUCAUUUUAAUGUCUCUACUAUCCUGUAACCUGUCGCCAACAAUUGUAGCCUUUAAUCUCUACAGUGUAUAACUUUGAUAUGUUUUUUUUCUUAUAUGUGAACGUGUAAGAACAUUUUUAAAUGUUGUUUUAUGCCAAAAAAAAAGCAAAAAAACACCACAAUCUUUAACAUAAUAUUUGACUUUUUAAAGUCAGACUUCAGGGGAUGGUUUAUGCACAGACAUACAGCUGCAAAAAUAUUUUUCUACAUACAUUAUAAAAGUAUUUUAGUCAGUCAUUUUGAUUUGGUUUCAAUUCUAUUUUAUUGUUAUUGUUUUCGAGUUUAUAGCUGAAUUAGCCACUGCUGUGUGUGACCUGCUGAGGCGUCUUAGAGACGUUUGAUGUCUGAUUUGAAAGCACACUGUCUGUAAAUUUGAAUUUAAGCUCAAGUGUCCUGCUUUAUGGAUCUGUAUAUUCAGCUUCAUAGGGGUAACCUAUGUGGGUGUGUGUGUAUAUUAAUAAUGUAACUUAAGUUGAAAAAAAAAAAUGGUAAUGUGCAUUUUUAAAUCGCUGCUUAUCACUGAAACACAUAUUUCUACAUUGCAUCAAUAAAGCAUGUUUUAUUGAAACAGGU